AUGUCUAUCUUAACUCAAGCCAAGUUCCACCCAAGUCUCCAACACCAACCCCACACAAGCCACUCUCCAAUCCUCCGCACAGCUGUGAAUUGCUCUACCACCACCACCACCAAGCCCAAGCCCAAGCCCAAGCCCGAAACGCUACUCCUCGAACCACAGAUACGGCGGCUCGAGCCCCCACCGCCCCUCCUCCCGAACCCCACCCGCCCCCAGCUCAACGAUCCAAGUUUGCUCUCAACAUGGUCUCACCGUGCAUGGGUGGCAAGUGGGUGCACAACAGUUCUAGUUUCCUUAGCCAAGUCCAUAACUUGUGCAGCCAAUUCACACAUGUGGGCUGAGCCCAUUUUAGCUGGCUUGGUUGGAUAUGUGCUGGCUGAUCUUGGCUCCGGAGUCUACCAUUGGGGCAUAGACAAUUACGGUGGAGCCUCAACUCCAAUUUUUGGUGCCCAAAUUGAGGCAUUUCAAGGGCACCACAAGUGGCCUUGGACAAUCACCAGGCGAGAAUUUGCCAACAAUCUGCAUGCCCUUGCUCGUGUUGUGACUUUCAUAGUGCUCCCCAUAGACCUUGUUUGUGAUGAUCCAAUUGUUAAUGGGUUUGUUGCAGUGUGCUCAGGCUCCAUUAUGUUUAGCCAACAGUUUCAUGCUUGGGCGCAUGGCACAAAGAGCAGGCUGCCUCCAUUGGUGGUGGCAUUGCAGGAUUUCGGCGUCUUGGUGUCCCGGUCGCAGCAUUCAGCGCAUCACCGGGAGCCUUACAACAACAAUUACUGCAUUGUGAGUGGAGUUUGGAAUGAGUUCUUGGAUAAGCACAAGGUUUUUGAGGCAUUGGAGAUGAUCUUGUUUUUUAAGCAAGGGGUGAGGCCUAGGUCUUGGAGUGAGCCCAGCUCUGAAUGGAUUGAAGAGACUGAGACCACUUCUCAACUUACAGCCCAAUGA